CGAACAGUCGCGUAUGUACAAGCCAAAAGUGAAAGUGUCUUCACCAGCAGAGGGCUGUAAUGGCGGACCGCCUCGGCAUAUGAAGUGCAGCGCUUUAUCCAAAGGACAGAUAGACGCCUGAACAACUGAUUACUGCAUGACUGAAACCAUCUCUUGGAUAGAAGAAUGUAUUUUUAGGGGGGAAUCCCUUCUACAAAGAGCAGCAUGAGGUGGCAGUCAUUCCACUAACAUGGAGAAGUAUGAAGAGGUGACGAAUAUUGGGAAAGGUGGAUUUGGAAAAGCCAUCCUUGUCAAAUCCAAAGAGGAUGGACACCAAUAUGUCAUCAAGGAGAUACAUGGCAUAUCUGGAAUGUCACCUGAAGAGAGGCAGAAAGCUCAAAAAGAAGUUGAAGUCCUCGCCAACAUGAGUCAUCCCAACAUUGUCAAGUAUAAAGAGUCUUUUGAAGUGAAGGGCCAUCUGUGUAUUGUGAUGGACUACUGUGAGGGAGGAGACCUCUUAGAGAAGAUCAAAUCUCAGAAAGGAGAACUUUUCUCAGAAGAACAAAUCCUGGACUGGUUUGUGCAGAUUUGUCUGGCACUAAAGCACAUCCAUGAUAGAAAAAUCCUCCACAGGGACAUUAAACCACAGAACAUAUUUUUGACAAAAGGUGGGACUGUACAGCUCGGGGACUUUGGAGUUUCAAGAGUGCUGAACAGCACUUUAGAACUAGCAACAACAGUCAUAGGAACACUAUAUUACCUUUCACCAGAGAUCUGCGAAAACAAACCAUAUGACAACAAAAGUGAUAUUUGGUCCCUCGGCUGUGUCCUGUAUGAAAUGUGCACUCUUAAGCGUGCAUUUGAGGCUGGCAGUAUGAAGGACAUACUUCUGAAGAUCAUCAAUGACUCAUACCCUCCUGUGUCUGAUCACUACUCCCAAGAACUGCGUUCUCUCUCGGCACAGCUGUUGAAACCCGACCCCACAGAGAGGCCCUCAGUCAGCAGCAUACUGGAAGAACCUUUCCUCUCCUGUAGGAUACAGAGGUUCCUCACACCACAGGUUUGUCAGACUCUUAUGAUGUCUGACAAAAAAGGAACACUUGUGUCUGAGCAUGAAAAAAGAAAAAAGGAGAGGCAAGAAUAUAAAGGUGCAUCAACCACCUCUACUGCUGGUGCAGAAUCUGGUUAUGUAACCCAAGAAGCUCACAGUGCUGGUGUCGGCUGCGAGGAGGGAAACUCUCCCUCUAGAACCGCUCUGUGUGGGAAACAUGACACCAAGACAAAAGCUCAAAGCUGUGUGUCCAUGAAGAGUGAUGAUUCUAAGGAUUGGAAUAUAUUAUUUAAAGAUGGACAAUCUGACGGGUAUUCGGGCUAAAAGAGUCUCCAGGGUACCUGAGCACCAAUUUAAAGGUUCCGGGAGAUACCAUGUAGUAAUUAGUGUAGGGAUGUUAGUGUACUUUAAUCUCCUAUUCAGGUUUUCUAUGAUUCUAUUGUAAUGUGUAGCAUAAAUCUAGAUGAGGUAAACUAUUUGACGUGUGUAGUAUAAAAUGUAUUUCAUGUUUUUGUUGUUUUUGUGUAGUUUUGAUGUUAGGGUUGGGGCAGAUUUCCCUAUACUGUGGUAGGGGUCGAGGUCGUACCCAGUGGCAGGCUAUAUAAGGCUGCCAGUUUCCAUCAAGCUUUGCUGCUGUCAAGAUCACAUGCUGCCUGUCAUCCACAGUAUUUUAUGGGGAAAAUUAUGACUGUUGUACUGUGUCUGUGGGUGAAAUAAACACCUGGUUGGUCUGCAACCUAA